AAAGCGCAUGAAAGGAUACCAGUGUUCUUCCUCAUUGGUUUUUUUUACCUGCAAACUGUUCCAUUUCCUGCCUGAGAAUAGGCAGUUUUUACACCUGAAUUUACAUUUUAUUUGAGCUGACAGACCUGAAACGGAAGAAGAGAAGAUGCAGGAGAUGUCUGGAGGAUCCUACUCUCCCGUUUGAACCGUUUCAGUGAAUCUGAUGAGUGGAAUACGCAUGUAGCAAGAAAAACAGUUUGAAAAACACUAAAACUGCUUGACAGAAUCAAGGCCUGGAUAAGCACAACUUCUGUUCCUACUUCAUCAAUUUACCUGCUGUUGCAUGGUGUAAAAUUGUUUUACAGUACCCAAACCUGAUAACAUAUAUCAGUUGUUUGAGCCUUCAUUUUUUUAUGUACUUGUGUUGAACAAACCCCUUGGUUUGAAAUACUGCACAAGAAUCGUUUGUGCUUAUUGAGAAAUAAAGUAAGCAAAGUUUGCUGUGGGAUUUACAUGUACAAACUACACCGCCUCUGCAUGUAGUGUCAAAUUAACGUAACGGCAAGCCAAGAUGGGCGAACGUGUGACCUACCAGGCGGUGUACGACUUCGAGAAGGCGGCCGCCCAGGACGUCGAGAUGAGAGUUGGGGAUAUUAUGAGUGUGGUCAACCCCACCAAGAUGCCCUACUUCCAGGGGACACGAGAGGAACCCACGGGGUGGUUGGAAGGCAUCAACGAACGCACGAAGGAAAGGGGCAGCUUUCCUGGCACUUUUGUCAAGUACAGGGACUCGAGGCAUCCCCCUGGUUUGAAUUAUCUGCCAGCUCAGCCCACGCGAGAAGACGUCAGGACUUCGCCUCAAACAAGUCCCCUUCCCCGGAAUAUAAGGCAACAGCAGGAACCGGUUCACCAAAGUGUGUCCCACCGCCCCCCAUCGUCCUCUGUGACUGGUCCGCCCCCUCCCCCUCGUAACAAACGAUUAUCGCGAGGAGGGCAACGGUUUCAAAUGCAAGCCCAGUCAUACAUGACCUUCGCUGGUACAGGUACCUCUGAAGGUCAUGAGCUCUCUGGGAAAGGUCUCGUAACACCCAUGUUGUGCCAGCAUUGUAACGAUUAUGUAUGGGGCUCCGGAAACAUCGCGUUGCAGUGCCUAAACUGCAACUACGUGUAUCACACGAUGUGUGGGCCAUACGCCGCAAACGUGGAAUGCGAUCAGCUAAGUGGCGGCUAUAUACAAACAACGAGGGAUAUGCCCGUCUCAAAAUGGUCGGUGGAGGAUGUCUUGAACUGGAUGGCCGUCACGUAUCUGUAUCGUUACGCCGAUCUCUUCAAGAAACAUCAGAUAGACGGACAGCAGCUGGUGAAAAUCGAUCAAGAAACGCUGGAUGCAAUUGGAAUCAAAGACGAUUUCAACCAGCAGUGUAUCCUUUACACAAAGAAUGAGCUGGUACACGGAGACUCCAGGCAAAGGGGUUCGAGGCAGGAGCUGUCAUUGCAAGAAGCCGUGUACCCUGCUAAAAUGCACUCGCUACAAGAAGUCACGUUCUCGACGCUACAGUGGUGCGGCAAGUGCCUCAAAUUCAUGUACGGAUUGACGCAUCAAGGCUUACAGUGCAAAGCCUGUGAUCUGGUUUGCCAUCGAACCUGUGCAGCUACGGGAUUGCCCAAAUGUAACGGAAACCAAAGAAAAUCGAGUGUGGAAUACUUGUCAAUCAACGAGAGCGCCUUUGGCUCGGAUUUACGUGAGCAGUUCCCCCUAUCGCAACCAGCACCGACAAUAGUCAUCAAAUGCAUAGAAGCCAUCGAACAUCACGGUUUGGAGCUGCAGGGCUUGUAUCGUCUCCCCUGCUCCAUGGCCGAGAUUAACGAAGUCAAGAACCAGUUUGUGGCCAAUCCAGAAGCCGUUGACCUUUCCAGGGUCACCAACGUGCACUGCAUCACCGGCGUACUAAAGCGGUACCUGCGAGAGCUGCCCAAUCCGGUCAUAGAGUUUGAGAUGUACGACACCUUUAUGUCGGCAAAUCUUGAGCCGAAAGAAAGUUUGCGCAUCACCAACUUACGGGAAUGCGUGUCGCAGAUGGAGUGCCACCAUCACAGCACCCUGGCUUACAUCAUGGCGCACCUUUGUCGCAUCUGCCAGCUGACGGCGGCCAAUAACAUCCACGCUAAACACCUAGCUUCAGUCUUCUGUCACAUGCUAUUACGACCGCCCCACAAAAAGAUCAUGCAUGUGAUACAUAAUACAGAGGCUCAAAAGCGUCUACUAGCGACGUUAAUAGAAGAGGGGGAAUGGGGUGUGGAUGAUACUCGAAAUGAUGAUAGCCCACCAGAACCUCCACCUAGGCAACCAAGCAACGACUACGUGAAUGAACCGAGAACAGUGGAAGAAGCAGACUGGUAUUGGGGAGAUAUAUCUAAAGAGGACGUGAACGAGAAGAUGAAGGACAUGCCUGAUGGAACGUUCCUCGUCCGAGACGCUUCUAACAAACAAGAGACGGGUGACUACACGCUAACACUCAGGAAAGGUGGCAGUAACAAACUGAUCAAGAUCUGCCAUCGCAGCGGUCUGUACGGUUUCUCGGAACCGCUGCGUUUCGCGUCCGUGGUGGAACUGAUCAAACACUACCGGCACGUGCCGCUUGCUCAGUACAACGCUAAGCUGGAUAUCAAACUGACCAUUCCCAUCUCCAAGAAAGAUGCGUUUGUAGAAGACAUGCCGGAAAGCAACAUUGACAUUGUCAUCAACAAGCUGAAAGAUAAGAACAAGGAAUAUCUGGAGAAGACCAAACAAUAUGACGAGCUAUACGAAGAGUACAGUAAAUCGCUGCAGAGCAUCCAGCUACAGCGUCAAGCGCUCGAAGCCUUCAACGAAACCAUCAUCGUCUAUACUGAGCAACAAGAGCUCCACGAGCGCUACCACAAGGACUGCCUCCCCCAGGAAAGGGAACAGCUCAUGGAAAACUUCCGCUUGCUCCAGCAACGCCUCAGGGACAUCGUCUCCAGGCGCAAGGCCCUCGAGGAGGAGCUCAAAGCAGAGGUGGAUAAGAACCGGGAACGGGACCGGACUAUGAACAGCAUUAAACCUCUCAUUCUUGACCUGCGCAAGCUGCGGGACCAAUACGUCAUGUGGCUAGGAGCUAAAGGCGUCAAACAAGAAAAGAUCAAUGCAUGGCUCAGCAUGGAGAACUUACAAAAUGAGCAGAUGACAGAUUCAUCCUCCCUCCCACACCAUAACGAGAAUCUCUGGUUAACUCCAUCAGUAUCGAGAACAGAGGCUGAGAAGCUACUAUGGGGUAAGGCCAAGGGAACGUUCCUGGUUCGUAACAGCAGUCAUCCGGGCGACUGGGCAUGCUCUAUCGUUGCUAAAGAUCACGGCGAGGUUCGCCAUUGCAAGAUCAACCAUACUCAGACCGGCUACGGCUUUGCUGAGCCGUACAAUCUCUACAGUUCACUGAAGGAGCUAGUCCUAGCCUAUCAGCAAAAUCCGCUGACCCAACACAACGAAGAGCUGGACACGAAGCUAUCAUAUCCGGUCCACGGUCCCCAACCCACGGACGUCCCACGGUGAUGCUUAGAGGUCCAAGGGUAAAGGUUGUGAUUUUUAUUGAUGUGCAAGAAAAAUGUCGUGUAGUAUCUGCCUGUUGUUAUGUGUAAAGAUCUUAAAUUGGGGAUAGGAUGGAGUAUCGGAGAACAGUGGUAUAUUACUUAUUAGUGACCCAGAGAGGUGAACAAUAUGUUAAUAUUGUAUGGCAAUUUCUCCAAGCGUGAUUUCUGUCAGAUAUAAUGAAUGAAUUAGAUUAUUUCCAAAUGUAUUAAACUUUCUUUUUUAUUCGAAGGAGCAACAUAACCGGAACUUUUGGAAGAAUAUUACCAAAUGUCCCUAAAUAUUCUGCUACGUCUAAUGGGGGGAAAAAAAAACGGUUUUAAGUUGACAAUCAGCCUAGAGUCUUGUGCCCAGACCCAUUAUCAGUUACCUAACACUCUCCACAAUGGCUCUCCAGGUGCACUAGUCUUGAGGUCAAUGCACUAGGCAUACGCUGUAAUUCGAUAAAAGUGUUCAGUGCACAUGUCCUCUAUGAUACACAGUAGUUCUCUGAUUAGAGAAAAAAAAUUAUAUGGACGCUAGCUUCAGCAUACAGUUAUCGCAGUUGUGUUGCACAACAAUCAAGAAUAGAGCGCCCCCUGGAAUUAGCGCGCAGAGCAGAAUCGCAGAAUCCACCGGUUUUACUCUUCGACUGGUUUAUUUAACGUUGCAUAUCUCUAACUAUUGAGUUUUUGAAAGUCUUUCUUCGCCGUUUGGCACUUAUUAGCCACAUCUAUAAGCUUGGUUUAGAGAUGUAAAAUCAAUUUUGGGGGGAUAUUUAUGUGUAAAUGUUGAAGAUGUUGUCAGAAGUUAGCUCAGCGGAAAAGAAAGAAAAAACCUGGUAUUGAAUUUUUAUGAAAGAGUGCUUGGAUCAACAGUGGAAUGCCUUUGCAAAAAAAAAGACUUUAAAGGCAAUUUGUAAAUUGGAGUAUAUCUGAAGUUUUAACAGUUAAUACUCCUGCAAAAACUUUGCAUCAAUGGCCAAAUGUGUUUUCGUUUGAGGCAAAGUAAACCCCCUUUCAAAAACCUGGGGUUGGGGUAUAAUUAUGAGAUGGUGUUUACAGAAACGCAAUUUUUUUUUGAAAGUGGAGUGAUUGCAGCUUAAAAGCAGAUUGGAGCUUAGGAGACUUGGCCAGUUGAAAUUAAGGUCUUGUUUAUUCUUUAUUGUUUUGUGUUUUUUUUACAAAAUGCCUCAGAUUAUCACCGUGCAUUCCAUACUGAGCGUACAUGUACAUGUAAUUAAAAAAAAAGUUACGUAACAAAAAUUCCAGGUUUUGUUUUGUAACUAAAACCUCUUGGAUUGUAUAUAAAAGGGUAAAAUUGAUGAUAAUAAUAGUCGUAAAAGUGUAUAUUUUUCUUGUCUUGCUCUGCAAGCCUUUAUUGUUUUUUUUCGUAACCCCUGUCUUUGUUCCUGUCUGUAUAUUGCAAUUGUAGUUAGAAUUGUAAAAAGGUCUUCAAAAUGAAAUUUGGAAAAAUUACAAAAAGAAGGUGCUCUUGAUAACGUUAACAAAUACUUCAUAUUAUUCUAACGACCAAAAGUUGUGUAUUUAAACGAUCUGUUGGAGAAAAUUCAACAUUUGGUCCAGCUUAUGUAGAAAAUGUAGAGGGAAAUAAUAUUUGUACCCAGUUGAAAAAAAAAUUCUUUUUUUUCUAAAAAUCUAAAAAUGAAAUGGCAUAUAAUUUAAGGCUUACAAAAACCUUUACACUGGUUCCCCAAUAGUGGCUGUAGAAAGCUUUUCAAUUUGGCAGGGUACCAGUUUGCAAGUUUCUAAACAGAGACAAACCAUUCAAACUUGUAUUUGUACUUAGCUAUUUUUUUGUGAGUGACUGUUCACAACUUUAUUUUUGUAUUUUCCCCAAAAGAGGUUAUCUAAUAACCAGACUUUAGGAGUUUGUACGAACAGUGUACUUUUUUAAAGGGAUUUCUUUCAAACGUCCUAUGGGCGGGCCGUCACUGUUUUAUGGGGAAGCAUUUUAUUGUCAGGCCAGGGAACCAGACUAGCUGGCUUGCGCCCGUUCACGGAUGUGUAACCAAUUGCACAAAAAAAAUGGGGACUCAUUAAAUUUGGUAAAUUGGGGGCAGUAUUUGAUGUAAAAAAAGUCCACUUUUCUUGAAAAUGACAGCACACCAGGUGCCAUGAUUUCACAGGAUGCUUGAGAUUAUUAUCACUUGCAGUCCUGUCAGAUAUUUCUUAAUAUUUAUUCUUUUUUGAUGUUUGCAAAUGUCAUUUACAUGUAUUAUCUUUAAAACAAAAGAACAGAGUGUUUCCGUUCAGGAAAUUACAAAUUAACGCCAGCCUUGCUUUUCUAGGAAACCAAACAUUAAAAAAAAAAAAUUGAGAAAUUGCAACUAUCAGUUUUGGCAGUUGACCUCAACCGGGGAAGUUUGAACUGAACUGAAAUAUGCUAACCAGCAUUUUGCUAAGUACAUGUUUAUAGAGAUUUAAUCAGCAUUAACCGGUUACCAACCAAGAAGUGUAAUUCACAACGCCUGCAACUGGUACUCGGUUGAUCUUCAAAAAGCAAGUUGUUUUUUAAGCAGUAUUUUCUAUGUACAGAUUUCACGAUACUGCUGUUCGCACUAAUCACGUUGAGCUCUUUGUUCUUAAGCAGCAGCUCAUGUCAUUAGUUUGUCAAGCUUUUCGUGUAACCACGUUUUUUGUACUUUAUGGGGAUAAGCAUGCAAGCCCAACGUUUUAAUCAAUGUUCUGUCAUCAGAUACUCAGAAGACACAUUCUUCUAUGCAAUUAUUUUGUGCAUAGUGUAAUUUCGCAAUGGUUGUCUGAAAAUAUCUUUUCAGAAGUGGUUUAUUUUUGUGUGUAUAAAAAAACUGACUGUAUAAAAAAAAUGUUUGUGAUAUUUAAAGAUGAAGAUCACAUGCGCUAAUAAAAAGGUUUGUGAUAUGUAUAUAUUUUCCCCAGGGUCAGUGCGUGGUAAAAAGCUCGGAAAAGUCUUAGAUUGUCUAGGUGUUUGCAGGAGUGCGAGAAUUUUGUAGAAAAAAAUCAAAUGAAAAUGUAUGAUUACAAUGAAAUCAGAUAUGAAAUCAAAUCGAAUUAUACUCACAAAAGUUGUAAAGACUCAAACUGAAAAGAAUAUUUUGAGGAACUUUUCAAUUUUGAAAUAAGAAUCUUCAUUCAGAUGAAUAUCCAGUCAUCUGUGGAGUUUAGAUAUUUAAUUUAUUUUGAAUUCAGGUGAUUAAAAAAUAUGAAAUUUAAAUGAUCGAUUGAAAAACUUGAAGAUAAAAAUUGUUUUAGUUGCAUUAAAUUUAGUAUACUGGCAACUUGUCUAUUUAACUUCAUUGUUUGAAAUGGGCAAUUCCAUAAAUUUGGACGUACAUGUCAGACACUUUAAUGAGCUGCUGUUGGAAAAGUGAAUGUGAUACAUCACUAAUAAUGUGACAUCUAAUUAGUAGAAAACAGUUACUAAUCAAACUAAGGUACCACCACCUUAACGACCUUGUACAUCAUGUGGUCGGAUGCAUGCAGAGAAUUGGAUUUUACGGAAUUGCCCAGAUGUAAACUAUGAAUGGAAAGGGUUUUUAACCCGUCUUCUUUUCACUGACAAAAUAAAUCAGGCAAGAAGUUUCAUGCUUUAAAUUAUUACAAAUGUUAUUUAAAAAAUAAAAUCAGUCCUAACAAAGAAAUGCAAGAGAACCCCAAAAGUGUAAAAAAAAAAAUGAAAGUUUUACAAGUCGUUUCUGCCAGCAAUGGCCCGAAGUGUUAAAUUAAUAUGUAUAGUCAUAGUGCUUAAUAUUCUGAAUACAAACUAUACUUUACUAAUAAAAAAGUCCAUGAUUUCGUA